AUGGAGGGGACCGCGGAGCCCCCGGCGCCUGACCUGCGGGACGUGGAGAGCAAGGUGGGCAGGAAGACCCCCGAAGGGCUGCUCCGCGGGCUGCGAGGGGAGCGGGAGCCGGGACCCUCCGGCAGCCUGCUGCUCCCCGGGGCGCCGGGCUCGGGCCACGGCCUGGGGGACAAGAUCCAGGCGCUGAAGGUGGAGCUGGCUUACCUGCGAGCCAUUGAUGUGAAGAUCCUACAGCAGCUGGUGACGUUGAAUGAGGGCAUCGAGGCGCUCCGCUGGCUGUUGGAAGAACGGGGGACGUUGACCAGCCACUGCAGCAGCCUCACCAGCAGCCAAUACAGCCUGACAGGCGGGAGCCCAGGCCGCUCAAGGAGAGGCAGCUGGGACAGCCUGCCAGACAUCAGCUCCACCGACCAGCUGGACAGUGUCUCCAUUGGCAGCUUCCUGGACACCGUGGCACCCCCUGAGCUGGAUGAACCGGGCAACCUUAGGGCUCCCCAUCCCGAGAUGGACUGGGCAAAGGUUCUACCUGGCGGGGAGAGGGCCAGGACUGAGUUGGACCUGACAGCCACCAAGCUAGGGAGCUUGAGGGCUGCGUGGAAGCCCCCAGAGGAGGGGCUCCAAGGUGGACCUCCUGAGCCACCGGAGGAUGAAAACGCCAAACUGGGCUUUGAGGUCCACUGGUACUGGGGGCAGUGCCAGGAUGACGUGACCUUCCUGUAA